AUGCCUGAUCCGCUCUCGAUCACAGCCGGGAUCGCCGGAUUUCUGUCUCUUGGGAUUUCUGUCACGCAAUCAUUGAUUGAUUUUUAUUCUGCCUACAAAACCCAGGACGCCGAACUUGCAAAGUUAACGCAAAAGAUCAAAAUAUUGCAAAAUACUUUCCAAUCCUUAGAACCCGCUAUUCAGCCGCAUCGAUCUCGUGUCAGCGGGGAAGGGCUUCUCGAAGAUGUCGAAAACGCCAGUCAAACAUGCCAAGGGAUUAUCAAGGAGCUUCAGCAAGAGUGCCAAAAGUUCCACGCAGAGCCAGCCACUGGCUUCAGGGGUAGUGUCCGACUUGCGAGGCGGCGUGUCGCCUAUCCAUUUCGGGAAAGCACUAUACGGAAAAUUGAAGAGGAUAUUGACGAGAUACGCGAUAGUUUGUCGCUUACAUUAGACGUUUUGCAACUCAGAAGCCAAAUUCAAAUUGAAGACGACAUGUCAGAAGCCAAGUCUCUUCUUGUGGGAGUAAAAAUGAAUCAAAUCUCUCUCUCGAUUCGUGCUUGGCUUAUGCCCCCCGACGCUUCUGUGAACCAUAAUACCAACUACGCAAAACGCCAUCCGAAUACUGGCCUGUGGCUCAUCAACGACCAUCGAUUUACCAAUUGGCUCACGGAGGGUGAUUCCUUCCUCUGGCUCAAUGGGUUCGCAGGGUGUGGCAAAUCAGUCCUCUGUUCAGUUGCAAUUGAAUAUGUUUUCCGAGAUCAGUGCAAGGAUGGGGUUGGGAUUGCCUAUUUCUACUUCUCCUUCACUGAUGAGACAAAGCAGGAUGAUAAGGGCUUAUUGCGGGCACUUCUAUUACAACUCUCGGUUCAAUUCCAGGAUGGUGAAGCAGAAUUGGAUCAUUUCCGCAAAUUAUCAAAGAUAUCGACACCUUCUACAGAGGCACUCCUCCAAACUCUUCGAAGGUUUCUUAAGCAAUUUCGGGAUAUCUAUAUUCUAGUCGACGCUUUGGAUGAAUGUCCCCGAGGUCAUGGCAGGAAAGAUGUUUUGAGAGUGAUACAAGAGAUUCGGGAUUGGAAUUUGCCUGGUGUCCAUUUCUUAGUAACAAGUCGUGAUCUUCUUGACAUUCGAGAAGCUUUAGAUCCGACUUACCAAGAACACAUUUCCAUCAAAAACUCGGGAAUUCUUGAAGAUAUCUCCGAUUUUGUCUCCUAUCAGCUCGAAAAUGACAAGAAGCUGAAGAAAUGGGGGGCACGUCACGCCGAGAUCCGAGAUAAGCUUAUACAGGGUUCGCAGGGGGUAUUCAAAUAUGUGGAAUGCCAGCUUGCGUCUUUCCGUCGGGUAAGAAACCUCAAUCAAUUAGACGAAUGCCUACGCUCCUUACCGCGCGAUCUUGAUGAAACGUAUGAGCGAAUUCUUUGCGAGGUCGACGAAGCCGAUGCUGAGGAUUUACGUCGUAUCUUGACUAUACUCUGUUCAUCUAUUCGUCCCCUCACCGUCCGUGAGUUGAUCGAGGCCCAUGCCGUUGAACUUGGAGAAUCUCCACAUCUUGAUCGCGAAGGUCGAUCUUUUGAGCCGGGCGAUAUUCUGGACAUUUGCCUCGGGCUAGUAGAGUUCGUGGCGACUGGGAAUGAAGAUGGAGAGCUUGACUUGACUGUCCGUAUAGCGCAUUUCUCCGUCCAAGAGUACCUCCAGUCAGAUCGCAUUCGAAAACGAAAAGCGCAAAAAUACGCAAUCUUAGAUGAAUCUGCAUGCACUGAAAUGACCCAAAUAUGUCUUGCAUAUCUCUUAGAUCCGACGCUUUCGACUGGAACCCUAGAUGAGAUGAAACUUCAAGAAUUUCCACUGGCUCACUUUGCUGCUAGGUAUUGGUUCCAUUACUACCAAAGAUCUCAAGCUGAGGAGGGGCAUUGGAAAGCUGACAAAUUGUUAUUGGAAAUCUUUGAAGAGAAUCUGAACUCGUUCGCCACAUGGGUCAAAUUGCAUGAUAUUGAUCGUCCAUGGGAUACCAGAGUGCAUCUCGAAUACCAGAUAGAUGAUGUGGCGCCCCCUUUAUAUUAUGCAGCGCAAUUGGGACUUAUGACAGUGUUGAAGAAACUACUACUGACUCCUCCAAGCAAUGGAAAUCUAUCGAUUGUGAUCAAUGCUAUAGGUGGAGAAUUUGGCAAUGCCCUCCAAGCCGCAGCACUCGGUGGCCAUCAGGAGGUAGUUCAGAUACUACUCGAUCGAGGUGCCGACGUUAACGCCCAGGGUGGAAGAUUUGGCAAUGCACUCGCAGCCGCAGCACUCGGCGGCCAUCAGGAGGUAGUUCAGAUACUACUCGAUCGAGGUGCCGACGUUAACGCCCAGGGUGGAAGAUUUAGCAAUCCACUCGCAGCUGCAGCACUCGGCGGCCAUCAGGAGGUAGUUCAGAUACUACUCGAUCGAGGUGCCGACGUUAAUGCCCAGGGUGGAGAAUAUGGCAACGCACUCCUAGCCGCAGCAUUCGGCGGCCAUCAGGAGGUAGUGAGGAUACUACACGAUCGAGGUGCCGACGUUAACGCCCAGGGUGGAAGAUUUGGCAAUGCACUCGCAGCCGCAGCACUCGGCGGCCAUCAGGAGGUAGUGAGGAUACUACUCGAUCGAGGUGCCGACGUUAACGCCCAGGGUGGAAGAUUUGGCAAUGCACUCGCAGCUGCAGCACUCGGCGGCCAUCAGGAGGUAGUCCAGAUACUACUCGAUCGAGGUGCCGACGUUAAUGCCCAGGGUGGAGAAUAUGGCAAUGCACUCCUAGCCGCAGCAUUCGGCGGCCAUCAGGAGGUAGUGAGGAUACUACUCGAUCGAGGUGCCAAUGUUAACGGACAGAGUGGAGAUUAUGGCAACGUACUACUAGCCGCAGUACUCAGCGGCCAUCAGGAGGUAGUGCGGAUAUUACUCGAUCGAGGUGCCGACGUUAACGCCCAGGGAGGAGAUUAUGGCAACGCACUCCAAGCCGCAGUAUCUCUAGGUCACCAAGAGGUGGCGCAGAUGCUACGUGAUAUUAUCAUCAACACCGAGUUUAUGUACUUGAAGGGCUGCAGAUAA